CUCCUUGCUCGUAGCGCCGGAGCCGCCGGAAACCCGGCACUGCCGCUGCCGCUGCUGCUGCUGCUGCUGCUGCUGCUGCUGCUGCUUCCCCGAGAAGUUGGUGCGGAGGCGAGAGACGCGGGGCCCGGCACAUCUUGGCCCUGUUCUGCCAGGCUUGGCCCGACCCGCUUUUGCCCGGCCCGGCUCGGCUCGGCAUGCCCGCCCGUCCGGAGCAGAGCGGUGCAGCGGGACGGCGGCGGAGGAGAAGCCCCUGAGAGGGCGGCGAGGAGAGAGCGGCCCCGUCCCGCCAUGGAGCAAGAUACAAAGGAGGAGGUCCCAGAGAAGCCAAAGCCUGCUCCUACUGCAGAGAAAUAUGGCUGGAUCAAGAAAAGCAGUGGGGGGCUCCUGGGAUUGUGGAAGGAUCGUUACAUCCAGCUACGGAAAACACAGCUCGUGGUCUUUGAGGAUGAGGAUGAACAGAAGUGCAUAGAAACAGUGGAACUGGAGAGUUAUGACAAGUGCCAGGAACUGCGUGCGCUACUGAAAAAGAAAAACCGUUUCAUUUUGAUCCGCUCCCCGGGUAAGAAGGUUCAUGAUAUCAAAUUUCAAGCUCCAACUUUGGAAGAAAAGGAAUCAUGGAUAAAAGCUCUUAAUGAAGGGAUCAAUAGAGGAAAAAACAAAGUAUUUGAUGAGGUGAAAGUAGAUGAGAGCCUUUCCUUAGACCACGUAACUCGGGACAGAGUGAAAGUGACCCACGGGCGCAGACCACCCACGAGAAGUCACCUGAAGGAGGCUGCCAAGUUGACAUCAGAUGGGAUCCUGCGACUAGACCUGGAUAUGGUUGACAAUGGACCACCAAACUUGGGUUUCACUGUCAGUGAAGGUGACAACGUGCCACCCCAGAAAGAAACUCCAAAGCCACCUGUGCCACCUACAAAACCCACUGGUGCAAAAGAAAACCAAGGUGCAGAGAACAACCUUCCUGACCAGGAACAUAAAAAACCUCUGUCUCCUCCAUUGCCUCCAGAGAAGAAGUUUAAGGAGGACACAUCAUCAAAGGACAAUGUGGAUGCCAAGGAAGAGGACUCUGUAAACCCAGAGGAGAAUGGGGAAGGAUCCCAGAUACCCAGUGAGGAGAACAGAGAGAGCCACAUUGAGGUCAGCAACAGGGUAGCAAAAGCUCCAGUUCCUCUUCCUACAAACGUGCCAGACAAGCUAAAAGUGGCUUGGGAUCAAUCAGUCACUGAGCCUAAAAGCACAGAAGACUUGAAAUCAUCAGAAGACAGUAGCAGAGAGAACCUUGCUGAGAUUGCUGCUGCAGAUGCUACAAAGCCUCUUGUUCCUCCUAAGGUUCUGUCAGAAAAAACACAGCCCACAAUGAACUCCAGCCAUGCUGACCUGGAAGCUGGGGUUUUGGAAGGUCCUGAGCCUGGCAGCUCCAAGCCCCCAGUGAAUGGGAUUGCAGCCAGCGAGGCAGCAGAGCCCACGUCCUCAACAGCUGAAGAAGGAAAUGGGACAAGCUCUGCUGAGAAGGAACAUCAGACUUCAACAGAAGAGACAGAGACCUCCUUAGCUACAGAAACAGGCCAUGAAAAUGUAAAAGCAACUACUGAGAAGAAUGAGUCUGUGGACAGCACUUCAGUGUUCAAACUUCGCAGUUCUUCUCUGGGAGACCUCCUGUCUGAUUCCAGAAAUAGAUGGGGAGCACUUCCAGGCCAAGCUUUCCCCAAGGAUUCCCAUCACUGCUUAGCUAAAAUGGAGGAGAAAGUUGCUAAUGAAAGGGAAAAGGCAGAAAAACUUCUGGAGAAGGUUUUACGUGAAGGGUUGGAGCAGGCACAGGAGGGGAAUGGACCCCCAGUGAUGGCAGAGACAUUGCUCAGUGAGGCAGUGGAACAGCUCCGGCAAGCUACACAAGUCCUGCAGGAAAUCAAAGGUCUGGGAGAACUGAAAAAAGAAGCAACACAGAAACAGAAAGAAAAGCAAAAGGAUCUAGUGACUCUUUACAGGAGAAGUGCUCCCUGACCUCUUCUUCCAAGACAUUUCUUUCUCACAAUCAAAGCUAAACAUUUGCCAUUUAUGAUUUGUAUCAUUGCUAGGCCAGUGUUUAAGAGGUGUUUUGCUGUGCACACACCGUGUCCGUGGGACAGAAUUGAGCUUUCAGUUAUAGCAUCUUUCUCUCUUUCUACAUGCUGUACAUACCAGUCUGGUUCCAAUCCUCUUAGCACAGCAGAAGGUUACUUUGAAUGGUUUUGAAAAUGUGAAUGCUCUGUAAGGACUCGGCCCAAAGUCCUUCCAAUGGAUCAGGCUUUAAAAAUUAGUAGUAAUCAAACCAAGCCAGAUUUUGGAAAGGAAUAGGAUGGCUGUUCUAGCAAAAGCCCCUGUCUGUCUGUACUUACAGACUAGCAGAGACCAGGCUGCACUGGCACCUAUCUGGGUUUCCCAUUGAAAUAUUUAAGGAUAAAAGUAGUCAGUGUGUGUUUGCUUGCUGGCAAGGUUUCCCAGACCACCUGGCCCAGUGACAUCUAGGAAUGCAGAGAGAAACAGUUUAAUCUUCUCCAAAGAUACUCCUAAAACCACAUCCACAGUUAAAAAAUGACCUCACACAGAGGCAGACAAAGCUGGCCAACUCCUGACUGCCUGUAGUGUCCUCAGAUCUGGAGCAGCAGGGUAAGGGCACUCCUCUGAGUGUGGCUCUGCAGAGCUUUAGGUGUGCUGAGCACUGCAGGAUUGAACCCAAGUCUCCAACCAAACCUAUCUGGUAACUCAGAAUCCUCUCAUCAUCUUAGGAACAAUUAGCUAAGCAUUUGGAGAACUUGUCUCCAAGAGAUUCCUCAGGAGCUUCUUAGGGAAAGCUGUCAGGGAGGGAGCUUUAGGGAUGUGUGUUGCCUUAGCUGCAGGAUGGCUCUCUGGGCUGUUAAGUGACACACAUCAGGCAGCAGGAAUGGGUGAGAUCCCUCUUCCCAUUUCCCAGGUCCGUAUCUGCUGUGUCCUGGUUGGCCUGAGCACCAGAGGCUGGCACAGACAUCAGGAACUGGAGUGCCUGGAGGGAAAGGCAUUUUGCACACAUAACUCUGGGGCUGGUCCCAGUGGCUUAAAUAUAUUAAAAUAAAAAUCCAUGGCUUCAGAAGGGGCUGAGGAAGGCAAUGCAGAAGGCUCCAGCACAGCUCCCACAGCUUUUCUGCACAGAGAAGAGUCAUCUUCUCAGGCUGGUUUUCAGGAGUGAUAUGAUUUGCCAGCACUGUCCUCUUAGCUCAGCUGUUUCUUUUUCCUCUUUCUUUUAUCAUUUUCCAGGCUCCACAAGGCUGCAGAGGGCUGCAAACACUCCCCAUAGCAGCAGCCCAGCUAAGCUUCAUCUGAGCCUCUUGGAUUAGGUGGGGGCACUUCAGGUCUGAGCACAGAAAUGUUGGAGUUAGGCUUCCAAACAUCCUGGGUUUUCACCACCCAGAGCCACCAAGCAAGGUUGUGACUGGAACUGAUGCUUCUGCUCCUCCAGAUGAAAGCAGCCUGGGUUUCAGUGGUCUGUCCCCCUCUCCAGACAGCCAUAGACAACCCAGGGGAAUUCACUUGUUAACCCCUCACAUGGCAAGUUCUACCCAAUGAAACACUCAGGGCUCAGGUGCCAAAAAGCUUUGCUUUGAAACAAAAAGUUCCCCAUGUCCUAAGCCCACUCCUCCUAGGCACAUAGCCCAGAGCAGACUGGAUCUGUGUCAUUUGCUGCUGUGGAAUCAAUGUGAACCAUGGGUCCUACUCACCUUUCCAGACAUACUUAAGCCAAGGGCUACUAACACAAAUGAUAUUCAGUGCCUAUCUGCUAUCUAAAUGUAUUUUUCUGCAUGUGCACUUUUGUUUACCAAACACUGUGUGGGAUGAAUGUGAGCUGUCAGAGCCUGGUGUGCACUGGAAGUUGAGGGGCAGCAGCUGCAGAGAGCAGGGAGGCUUUUGCAAGAUGCAGUUCUGUAACAUGAGGGAAACUUGAUGGGGAAAAAGCAGCUCACACUCACAGGAAUAUACACAAACACUGGGUACAGGUUCAUAUCCCAAAGAUGAAACCAGUCCUAAACUCCAGGAUGGGCAAAACAAAGCCUGGAACUGAAAACCCAGGAGAAUGGAAACAGCAGAGGGGAGAGCUCAGUCCCCUAAUUUGUACACAAAUGCUUUUGCUCUUGCAGGUGUUUUCUUGUGGCAGUGUGUUCUGUGGAUGCCAUCUGGCAAAAAAACCCCAGACAUCCCUAUCUUAAAGCCAAACCUACAGGUUGUGCUUAUAUUUACUGUAUAUUUUUAUAUUUUACUGAAUAUUCUAAUGAAUAAAUGUCUGACAUUUUACUGAAUACCCAUCUGUAGGAACCUUAACAGAAAAAAAAAAAACCUCAUAUGUGUUAAGAAAUGGGCAAGGUAAAUCAUAUUACAAGCUACAGCCAAUUACUGGACUAACAGAACUUACUAGAUUUGUAUUAUGUCUUGUAAAUAGCUAUAACUUAAGUCAAAUCUCCAUAACACCCCAGUAAUUCUACUGCUGAAAAUGCUGUGUUAGAAGUGCUUGGGUUUUAACAAUUUUUUUUUAUAGGGUUAGCAGUUCCACCCUAAAAUGUCUAGCUCAGCUGGAAGCCUGGUUCACCUGGACAUCAUGUUCCUUCUGCAGCUCUCCCAUUUGUUCUUUUUAUUCAAGUCAUGAGCCAGGCUCUGUCCAGGGCUGGAAAAUGGUUUCUCCUGCAGCUGCCUGCUGAGGUGUUUUUAAACACUCCUCUGAAAAUGACAGCCCUGGGGAAUCAGGGAUGGGAUCCUGGUCUGCUCUGACCUUACACAACAACUCCCAUCUUCAGUGUACAUCCUGCCACCAUGCACUUUUUUUUGGUUGUGUUUUUUUUUUUUUUAAAUAUAAAUAUCUUCCUUUAAUCUUACAUUUAAACUUGCAUCUGUUUUCUGGCUGCACUAAAGCUGUUUGUUUGUGCCUGAAAACCCUCUGGGCAUGGAGUGCUGGGGGGUGAGUCUGUGUUUUGGGCUGUGCCACCAGGUUGCAUGUUUGUGACAGGAAGGAAGUGAGAUUGCAAGCAAGCAAGUGUGGAUGACAACCUGAAAAGCAGCUGCUGCAGCCUGUGGAAAGGCAGCACUUUCUCUCCUGCUUGUAAAGAGCUUUGAAAUUUGGCAAUAAAGACCCCCUUUUAAAU